CCAGACCCGCGGGCUGCUCCUCCGCCAGCCACCCCCGCAGCCCCUGGCGGCGGGGUCUCAGUGCCGGGGCGCGGGAACCUCAGCCGGAGCCGGAGGCGGGAGCAGCGAGCUAGAGCCUCGGGCGCCCGAAUGCUGGCUGCUUGGCCCCUGGCAUCACCAAGCCCCGACGUGUGAGGGCUGCUGCAUCGUGAGGAAGAGGAGGAUGCCUCAGCCACUCGCCAGCUCCCGUCUGCACCAUGAGUGAUGAGCGGCGGCUGCCUGGCAGUGCGGUAGGCUGGCUGGCGUGCGGAGGCCUGUCGCUGCUAGCCAACGCCUGGGGCAUCCUCAGUGUGGGUGCCAAGCAGAGGAAGUGGAAGCCUCUGGAGUUCCUGCUGUGUACACUGGCGGCCACCCACAUGCUCAACGUAGCGGUGCCCAUUGCCACCUACGCCGUCGUGCAGCUGCGGAGGCAGCGUCCCGACUACGAGUGGAACGAGGGCCUCUGCAAAGUCUUCGUGUCCACCUUCUACACCCUCACUCUGGCCACCUGCUUCUCCGUCACCUCCAUCGCCUACCACCGCAUGUGGAUGGUCCGCUGGCCAGUCAACUACCGGCUGAGCAAUGCCAAGAAGCAGGCGGUGCACACAGUCAUGGGCAUCUGGAUGGUGUCCUUUAUCCUUUCGGCCCUUCCUGCCGUUGGCUGGCACGACACCAGUGAACGCUUCUACACCCAUGGCUGCCGCUUCAUCGUGGCUGAGAUCGGCCUUGGCUUCGGCGUCUGCUUCUUGCUACUGGUGGGUGGCAGCGUGGCCAUGGGCGUGGUCUGCACAGCCAUUGCCCUCUUCCAGACACUGACUACGCAGGUGGGGCACCGGGCGGACCGCCGUGCCUUCACUGUGCCCACCAUCGUGGUGGAGGAUACGCAGGGCAAGCGUCGCUCCUCUAUUGACGGCUCGGAGCCUGCCAAAACCUCGCUGCAGAUUACGGGCCUGGUGGUCACCAUCGUGGUCAUCUAUGACUGCCUCAUGGGCUUCCCUGUGCUGGUGGUGAGCGUCAGCAGCCUGCGGGCUGACGCCUCGGCGCCCUGGAUGGUGUUGUGUGUCCUAUGGUGCUCUGUGGCCCAGGCCUUGCUGCUCCCUGUCUUCCUCUGGACCUGUGACCGCUACCGGGCAGACCUCAAGGCAGUCUGGGAGAAGUGCAUGGCCCUGAUGUCCAAUGAUGAGGACUCUGACAAUGAGACCAGCUUAGAUGGCAGCAUCUCCCCCGACCUAGUAUUGGAGCGCUCCCUUGACUACAGCUAUGGAGGUGACUUUGUGGCCUUGGACAGGAUGGCCAAGUAUGAGCUCUCUGCCUUGGAGGGAGGCUUACCCCAGCUCUACCCUCUGCGGCCCCUGCAGGAGGAUCGGAUGCAGUAUCUGCAGGUCCCACCCACACGGCGGUUCUCCCACGAUGACGCCGACGUAUGGGCCGCCGUCCCGCUGCCCACUUUCCUACCGCGCUGGAGCUCCGGCGAGGACCUGGCAGCCCUGAAACACCUAAUGCUGCCCGCGGGGCCCGACCGGCGGCGCGGGAGCCUGCUGGCUUUCGCUGAGGACGCACCCCCAUUCCGCCCGCGCCGUCGUUCGGCCGAGAGCCUGCUGUCCCUGCAGCCCUCGUCCGUGGAUGGCGGCCCGCGUCGCACCCACGACUCGCCUCCAGGCAGCCCGCGUCGCCGCCCCGGGCCCGGCGCCCGCUCCGCCUCGGUCUCGCUGCUGCCCGAUGCCUUAGCGCUGACAGCCUUCGAGCGCGAGCCCCAGGCCCUGCGUCGUCUACCCGCCCCAGCGCGGCCCUUCCCGGCCGCCUCCUACUGCACAGAGCCUUGUGAGGUCCCGACGCCUCCUGGCGGCCGUGCGCAACGCAGCCAUGGACGCAGGGCCACGCGCGCGCAUGCGGGGCCCCUGCAGACCGGCCUGAGCGCGUCGUGGGGCGAGCCCGGAGGCUUGCACGUGGUGGGCGGCGGCAGCACCAGCAGCUUUCUGAGCUCGCCUUCAGAGUCCUCGGGCUACGUCACGCUGCACUCGGACUCACUGGGCUCUGCGUCCUAGGGCCUUCACGGGCCUCUCCAGAGAUGCCAUGCAGAUGGGAGAGGCUCUGCACCAAAGAUGUCACCGCAUGUAGUUAGGAGCGCGGACAAGAGCCACCCACCCUAGGGGUGAUUGGAUGGUUGUCUCUGCGCCCCUCUUGUGGUUCCUUCCUUCUGAUAUCGCCUGGAGGAAUGAUGGCCGCCCUUGAUGGCUGCAUAGGACACAGACCUGCUGCUUAGCACAGCACCUCCCAGGAAUGGACAGACUGUGCCUUUGAAGUGAGUGGCAUCUGCACAUUUGGUACACCUCCCCUAGGCUCUGAGGCUAGACUGGGGUAUAUAGGGGACCCUGAGACCCGUCCACCAUGAGAAAGGACAAAAUAAGUCUCUUCUCGGAGAAGCUUAAGCUAGAAGCUACAGGACGACGUUUAUCUUUACUGGCCCUGCAUCUGCCUCCCCUCAAGGGUAUGGCCUGUAGAGCUUCUGUGAGCACAGGGGUCUUCAGAACCCAAACAAGUUCUACUGAGCAGGCUUCCCCGUGACCUGCCUCAGUUUCCCUUCUCUGAUGAGUGGAUGACCAUGAUACAUCUCUCAGGGCUGUUUGAAGAAUAAUCCUGGUCUAUGUGCCCUCGUACUUGAAUGGACCAGAUGCGAGAGGUAGUCUAGGGCCCUUUGUGAGGGUUAGCCUUUAGCACGUGACCCCCUGGAUCUGAGGCCUCCCCAUCUCAAUGACCCUUGCCCUCUUGGAAACUCACCUUAGCUAAAGCACAACACCAUGGGUAUAACAGCCACCUUGGCCCCCAUUAGUGUCCCCGUGCUCAAGACUCCACCGUAUUGCCUGUCUCCCACUAUGCCAGCCACUUCUGUAUCCUCUCUGUACCUGGUGCAGAGAGCUGGAGCAAUGGAAGUGGCUUCCCUGUCUUGGUGCCCAUCUCCAGCUUUGCCUGCAACUCACACAGGCAAAGGCCCCACAAAGGGUGUCCUCUACCCCUCCUCAGCCACAAAGAAGGGCUCUGCUCUCCUGGGUAGACUGCUCUCUGGACUGUGCCAGGGACAUAGGUCUUCCCAGGAGAUACCCAGGCUGUGAGCUGGGAAUGGGGUAGCACAGCCGUGUCAGGCAGAGCCUUUGUGCUGGGACCUGGAGAUGGUCUUAAGGCCAGCACAGAGCAGCCUGUGCCCCCACCCCCUUUUCACUGCCCAAUGGCCAGGCCCAUCUCAUCUCCCUCUCCAGGUGGAGUUCCAACUCCAGCUGGGGAUGGGGGUGGGUGACUGCCCUAUCCUAGGCCUCAGAGGUCCCUGUAGUCCCUGGGUAUGGGGUCAGCGAAAGAUAAGCCACCCCAAAUGAGCAAAGCAGGGGACUGCAGUCUGUCCAUCUCUGGACGUGGGAGAAGCUUCCUCUGGCCCAUUUGCUGCUGUGCCUUUAGGGACUGAUGUCAUGUGGGUGGGGGCAGGGGCCACCAGCUAGCCGCUGUCUGCCUCACCGGCCUCAAAUCGUCUCGGUUUUCACUCUGUUUUGUAUCCAAUGGCAAUACUCAUAACGGGGACAUGGGUCCCCCCAAGUCUCUUCUACUUUUUACAAAACUUUAAGGGCAAACCCCAAGCAGAACACGCUAGGCACCAGGGCUCUUUCCCAGUCCUUCCUUGUUCGGCCUCCCUGUUUGCUGACACCUGUAAGGACCUCGGCCACGGGUUACCAGUAAGAAUGCUAACUGUAUACCACCGCCCAGCCCUGAGUCAGGGAUUCGUUUGUAGAUUUUUG